AUGAACUCUGAACAACUGCUUCACUCUACUUCAUCAUCAGCUUCAACUUCAAAUCUUCAAAUCAAAGAUCAUUCCAUCAAACCAUUCAAUACGGAAGAUGAAUACGAUUUUGAAGAGCUUGGUUAUGAUUAUCUCAAUGAAGUUAACGAAAACUUGUUAUGUCCUAUUUGCACAAACCCAUUUGUUGAUCCUGUAAUGUGUGAAUCAACUGAUCAUGUCUUUUGUCGAUUAUGUUUAAUCAAAUCGCUUGAACUUUCUCCUACUUGUCCAAUCGAUCGACUUCCAUUAUCGAUUUCAAUAAUCCAACCAGCUCCUAAAAUCAUUAUCAAAUUAGUAGAUGAAUUGAUGGUUACAUGUCCCUUUAAAGAGAAAUUUCAAUGUUCAUUUCUUUGUCAACGUUAUUUAAUUAAAAGUCAUACAGAUUCACGUGUUUGUGAAUUGGCUUUUAAUUCCAAAAAUAAUAAGAAAUCUUUAGAAACAGAUUUAUCAUUUCCUUUUGAAUUUAAUCAUGAAGAUGAAGGCUUUCAAUUUGAAUGGAAUCAGGGGAAAAUUCAAUUAAAAGUUCAUAAUCCUAAUCUUGACUUUAUAACAAGACCUGAUCAACAUCAGUUUUACAAAAGAUCUUAUCUAUCUACAAGUUCAUCUCCUUUAUCUUCAAGUCCAAGUUCAUCAUCAACCGGUAGUCCUCGAACUCGUUCGACUACUUCAAACUCAUCCGAAUCUACUUCAACAGCCAGUUCUACCCCACCCAACGAAUCCAAUCUGAUCUCAUGUCCAUACCAAAGAUUCGGAUGCACAUAUACCUGUCAAAGUUUAGAAGAAAUUCAAACUGUUCAUCUUUGUUCAUCAUCAUUAACAGCUUGUGAAUUUGAACCGAUUGAAGAGAUUUUAAAAAGUUUUAAUCUAUUAGAACAUCAAAACCAAGGAUUGAAAAGUCAAGUUUUGAUUUCAAAAUCAAAGGAAAUCGAAUUUAAACGGAUCAUUGAAAGUUGUAAUCUUAGUUUAAAAAAACUUUGGGAAAAGAUUAUCAAACUUACUAAUGAGGGAUUACCAAGUCGAAAUUCAUCAUCUGCAAAUCAUCAUAUGAGAUAUGAUCCAAUUAAUGGAAACCGAAUUCAAUCUAAGCUUCCUACUCAAUUGAAUUUGAAUGUCCAUUCUGAUGGAUUACCAAUACAAUAUCAUCAACAUUUUCAUGCUUUAUGGAAUAGGAUUAGGGAUUUAGAAUUCGAAUUGAUCAGAGUUAAUGAAUCUGGACUAGUCUUACAUGAAUUAGUUAAAAACCUUAGUCGACUUCAACUUCAUACUUCUACGUCAAAUUCGUCUUCUGGUUCUGAUCAUCAUGAUCAUCAUCCACUUGAAAUUCAAUCCAAACCAAAAAAGAAAAUGUUGAAAGAAAAUGAAAUUUGGAAUGAAAAGAUAAAGAACUCGGGUAGAUCAUUUGUAAAACUUUAA